CAUUGUUCCCAAUAACAGCGGAUCCUCUGCAAUCAUCCCCAUCUCCACCUCGCUCAUCUGCCUUCCUUCGGGAGGAGCUGGAGAAGCCAGCUGCACAGAGGGGAAAUACCUGGAGGAUAAUGACCUAAAGGCCUUUGUCAUUUUGCAGAAUUUGUUUUACCAAAGACUGUGGAAUAAAGAUAGUUCAGCUCAGGGUGUUACUUUUGGUGUUGGGUAGAAGAUGAGGAAACACCGGAUGUUAGCGCUGUGCGCUCUUCUGGGCGUACUUUCUGCAGGACUGCUGCCCAGACUUGACGCUCAAGAGGAAGCACAAGAGUCAGCUGACCUUGUACUCUUAAUUGACGGAUCUGAGAAUGUUGGAGCGGCCAACUUCCCCCGCGUGCGCGAUUUGGCCAUGAAAGUCAUUGAGGGCCUUGAUGUGGGCAGGGACACAAUUCGGGUGGCCGUGGCUCUGUACAGCGUGGACCCCGAGGUUCAGUUCUUUCUAAAUACCUAUGAGAACAAAGCCGCUGUCCUGGAUGCAGUGAAGGCCAUUCAGUUCACAGGCAACAAUGAGGCUAACCUUGGAGCCGCCUUGGAGAAAGUCGCUGAGAGCCUGUUGAGUCCGGCAUCAGGCGGCAGGGCAGAGGAGGGGGUGCCCCAAGCUCUGGUGGUUAUCAGUGCUGGACCGUCCAAUGACGAUUUCAGUGCGGGUGACCGGGCUCUUAAGGCAGCAAGCGUUAUCACGUUUGGCGUAGUGGUCGGCGGCACGGCCACCGCCGAGCUGGAGACUAUCGCCACAGACAAGAGCUUUGUUCUGUCGGCCCCCGAUUUCAGGGCAGUGGCAAGCAUGGGUGACCAGCUGCUACCAUACGUUAACGGGGUGGCCCAGGGUACCAUUGUCGUUCUGAAUGAAUUCACAGAAGCCUUGGAAGUGGGAAAAAGGGACAUCAUUUUUCUCAUUGACAGCACUAUGGGUGCCACAACGAUCAACUCUCUUCGAGAGUUUAUCAAAAGGUUUGUUGACACCAUGCCAAUCGGACCGGACCAGGUGCAAGUAGGUGUGGCCCAGUUCAGCAACGCUGCCAGACUGGAGAUAGACCUGAACUCAUAUGGAUCCAAGGAGGACCUGAAUGCGGCUCUGGGAAGACUCAAGCCAAGACCGGGACAAGUGGUGAACAUCGGGGUGGCCCUGGACUUUGUGAGGACCAACAUGCUGAGGGCUGAAAAGGGGAGUCGUAUUCAGCAGGGUGUGCCCCAGCUGGUGCUGUUGAUGACCAGUAAAAAGUCCAGUGACAGUGUGGGGCAGGCUGCUGAGGCACUGCAGCGCAUGGGGGUUCUGACCCUGGCCGCUGGCUCUAAGACUGCCGAUGAGCAGGAGCUGAAGCAGAUUGCCAUUGAUGAGAGUUUGGUGUUCAUGCUGAAGGACUUCCGCAUAUUGCUUCGCAACCCACGGAUGAUUGUCUCUCUCCUCUCCACUCUAUCUGGGGUUGUGGUGACUGAGGAACCCACAGAGCCAGUGGUUGAAAUUACAACAGUGCAGACCCAGCGAGUAGUCAGAGACAUCGUCUUUAUGGUGGAUGGCUCUAGCUACAUUGGGGGUGCCAAUCUUCCAUAUGUGCGGGAUUUCAUUGUCGGCGUGGUAAACCUGCUGGACGUGCGGCCCGACAGGGUGCGCAUUGGGCUUAUGCAGUUUGCAGAGAACCCAAAGAUCGAAUUCUACCUGAACACACACAAAACAAAGCAAGAUGUGCUGGCUAGAGUUGAUCAGCUCAGGCUAAUGGGAGGAUCUGCUUUGAACACUGGAGCGGCUAUGGAUUAUGCCCUCACCAACAUGUUCCAGGCCUCGACUGGGUCACGUAAGAGGCAGGGUGUCCAACAGGUUCUUCUCCUGAUCACUGGAGGCCCAUCCCAGGAUGAGGUUAAAAAGAUUGCAGACAAAGUGGCUGUGGCGGGUGUACUGACCUUCACAGUCAGUGCCGGCCAGGCAGAUGAGGCCUACUUGAAGACGGUCGCUUUCGUCCCUAACUUGGCUUACCAUGAAAGCAGAUUUUCUAGCCUACCAAGUGUUGUUGAACAGAUCAUGACUCCUUUGAUUACUGUUGUCGGCGACACCGACAUCUCAGUAACAGACAUCGAAAUAACCAAGGAACCUGCAGUUGUUGGAGGUGAGAGGGAUGUUGCAUUCCUGAUUGACGGCUCGGAUAAUGUCCGAGCAGAUUUCCCCUACAUCCGGGACUUUAUCAUCAAAGUCAUUGAGCCUCUUGAUAUUGGACAAGAUAGAGUACGGAUUUCAGUUGUCCAACAUAGUGAGAGGCCAGCUCCCAACUUCUACCUGAAUACAUAUAAGGAUAAGGCUGAAGUGUUAAGGGCUGUUAAUGAUCUAAGACUGGCCGGUGGAAGGAGUCUAAACACCGGAAUGGCCUUGAAAUUCAUGAAGGACACUAUCCUGUCCCCGGUUCAUGGUAGCCGUGCGGCCCAAAAUGUCCCCCAGUUUUUGAUAGUUUUGACUGGAGGCAAGUCAAAGGAUAGUGUGAAGGAAUCUGCUAGCUCUUUAAAGACCUAUGGAGUGGUACUGUUUGGCGUUGGUGUCAAGGAUGCAGACCCUAAGCAAAUUGAGGCCAUUUCUCACAACCCAUCCUUUGCUUUCAAUGUGAAGGAAUUCAGCCAGCUCAAUAUGGUACAACAAAGGCUCAAUAGCUAUGUGAGCCUUCCCAAGGAAGAGCUGAAGGUCAUUCUGGACCAAGCCUCGGUUCAUGCUUAUGCUAUCUCAGUUCAUACUGAUGCUGUGAAAAGAGAUAUUGUAUUCCUGCUGGAUGGUUCUGAUGGCACAAGGAGUGGAUUCCCAGCAGUGCGAGAUUUUAUUCAAAGUAUAGUGGGUAAACUAUCUGUGGAGGAGAACAGAGACAGAGUUUCUGUGGUUCAGUACGCUGACAAACCAGAGGCCCAUUUCUAUCUAAACUCUCACAAAACAAAGGAUGCCAUUAUUAAUGCCAUAAGUAAAAUGAGGCACAAGGGUGGAAGGAACCUAAACACUGGGGCAGCUCUCCAGUUUGUAAGACACCGUGUCUUUACAGCCUCCUCUGGCAGUAGACGACUGGAAGGUGUGCCCCAAAUUCUGAUCCUUUUGACUAGCAAGAAAUCCAGAGAUGAUGUUAAGGGUCCUGCUGUAGCUCUUAAAGAUCUGGAAAUUGUGUCAUUGGGGGUCGGAGUUGGGGACGCCAAUGUCCGUGAAUUGGAAAUGAUUUCCUUCCAACCUGGUUUCACAUACCAGGUCACCGAGUUCUCUGAGCUGCCCACAAUCCAGCCACAGCUUGUUGCUGCGCUCAAAAGCCUGUCGAAAGACACCGAAGAAUCAGUAGCUCCUGGGAUUCCUGAUGUGACACCUGGGAUUCCUGAUUUAGUAGAUGCUGCACAGAGAGACAUAGUGUUCCUUUUGGAUGGAUCUGAUGAUACUAGGAGUGGAUUUCCAGCCAUGCUUGGCUUUGUUCAAAGAGUAGUGGAAAAUGUCAAUGUUGGAGAGAACAAAGAUCGAGUUUCUGUGGUCCAGUACAGCCGAAAUCCAGAGGCCCAUUUCUUACUGAACACAUAUCCAGAAAAACAAAGUGUUCUAAGUUCUAUUCGAAGCCUAAAGCACAAAGGGGGUAGACCACUCAACACUGGGGCAGCCCUCCAGUAUGUAAAGGACAACGUCUUUACUUCCUCCUCUGGAAGCAGAGGCCAAGAAGGCGUCCCUCAGAUACUGAUACUGCUGAGUGGUGGCAGAUCUCAAGAUGAUGUUGGAGGUGCUGCUGUUGCUUUGAAACAGAACAGAAUUGUACCAUUCUGUAUUGGUACAAGGAAUGCAGACAUAUUAGAGCUCCAAAUAAUAGCUCGUUUCCCCUCCUAUGCUCUUUCUGUCCCUUGGUUCGAUGGCCUUGAAAGUAUUGAACAGCAGCUUUUGUCACUUGUAAAAAGGGUCCCUCGUCAGCCAAGAGUUUAUCAACAAACGGUAGUAGAUAAAACUGAAUCCAAACAACGGGAUGUUGUUUUUUUACUGGAUGGCUCUGAUGAAACUCUAAAUGGAUUUGAGGCUAUGCGUGAUUUUGUGCAAAGACUAGUGGAGAAACUCACUGUGGAGGAGAACAAAGAUCGAGUCUCUGUUGUCCAGUACAGCAGAGAACCAGAGGCCCAAUUCUAUCUGAAUACUUACACAACAAAGGAAGAUGUUGUUGACACUGUAAGAGGCCUGAGGCACAAAGGAGGGAGACCCCUCAACACUGGGGCAGCUCUCCAGUAUGUCAGGGACAAUGUCUUUAUUGCCUCCUCCGGAAGCAGACGCCAAGAGGGCAUCCCUCAAAUUCUGGUUCUAUUGAGUGGGGGAAGGUCCAAUGAUGAUGUUCGAAAUGCAGUUACAAACUUGAAAGAAAUUGGUGUCAUGGCAAUAGUGGUUGGAAUGAGGAAUGCCGAUAUACUUGAGCUUCAAACAAUUUCAUAUGAACCUAGCUAUGCUUUCUCUGCUACACAUUACAACGAUCUCCCAAACAUUCAACAGCAAGUAAUAUCUGCUGUUGAGAGAGUUGAAAUGACCGCUACUAACUUGCCAACAACAUUAAUAGAAUCUGACAAAAAGGAUGUUGUAUUUCUCAUUGACGGAUCUGACGACUCUAGAACUGGCUUUGCUGGGAUUCGCCGCUUUGCAGAGAAAGUAGUGGAGAGUCUUAAUGUGGAGGAAAAUGGCGACCGGGUGGCCCUUGUUCAGUACAUUGAGAGUCAGGCUCCCAGGAGGGAUGUCGUUUUCUUGCUGGAUGGAUCUGAUGGCACUAGGAGUGGAUUCCCAGCAAUGCGGGACUUUGUUCAAAGAGUAGUGGAGACACUCGUUGUGGAUGAGGACAAAGAUCGCGUGGCUGUGGUCCAGUACAGUAGAGAUCCAGCCGCCCAAUUCUAUCUGAACACAUACACAACAAAAGGAGAGAUUCUCAACACUGUAAGAGGUCUGAGACACAAAGGUGGGAGACCUCUCAACACUGGAGCAGCUCUCCAGUAUGUGAGAGACAAUGUCUUGACUGCCUCCUCCGGAAGUCGACGCACUGAAGGUGUUCCACAGUUACUGAUUCUGCUGAGUGGUGGAAGGUCCUUUGACAAUGUUGACACUCCAGCUUCUGCUCUGAAGGAGCUUGGGGUCUUGAUCUUUGGAAUUGGAACAAGGAGCUCUGAUAGCAGAGAAUUGCAGAGGAUAUCACAUGAUCCCAGUUACGCUCUGUCUGUCUCUGACUUCACUGACCUUCCAAACAUCCUGCAGCAACUUCUGUCCUCAGUGGAGUCAGUUGUUAUUGACGUUACGCCAGAAUCGACAACAGAUUUAGUUGAUCAUGACACCUCCAGAAAGGAUGUGGUAUUCCUUGUGGAUGGUUCUGAUGGCACAAGGAAUGGAUUCCCAGCAAUGCGUGAUUUUGUUCAGCGAGUAGUGGGGCAACUCAAUGUGGGAGGAGACAAAGACCGCGUUUCUGUUGUCCACAUCCAGGAGCAGUUUUUCUCCACACUCAUAACUGUACAAGUUGAGGCCACACCCAAAACCCCAACAGUCAUAGUGGACCAAAGCAUUGCCAGAAAGGAUGUAGUAUUCCUGCUGGAUGGUUCUGAUGGCACUAGGAAUGGCUUUCCAGCAAUGCGUGACUUUGUUCAAAGAGUGGUAGAGAAACUCACUGUGGAGGAGAACAGAGAUCGAGUCUCUGUGGUCCAGUAUAGCAAAGAAUCAGAGGCCCACUUCUAUCUGAACACUUACACAACAAAGGAAGACGUUGUGGACACCGUAAGAGGCCUGAGGCACAAAGGAGGGAGACCCCUCAACACUGGGGCAGCUCUCCAGUAUGUCAGGGACAAUGUCUUUAUUGCCUCCUCCGGAAGUAGGCGCCUUGAAGGUGUUCCACAGAUUCUGAUAUUGCUGAAUGGUGGAAGGUCCUUUGACAAUGUAGAUACACCAGCGUCUGCUCUCAAGGAGCUUGGUGUCUUAGUGUUUGGAAUUGGAACAAGGAGCUCUGAUAGCAGAGAAUUACAAAAAAUAUCCUAUGACCCCAGUUAUGCUCUUUCCGUGUCUGAAUUUACUGACCUCCCCAACGUCCAACAGCAGCUUCUUUCUGCUAUGGGCACUGUCAUUGUACAGGUCACAACCAUGACACCAACAGUAAAACCAACAAUUCUAGUUGAGAGUCAGGCUCCCAGGAGGGAUGUCGUGUUCUUGCUGGAUGGAUCUGAUGGCACUCGGAGUGGAUUCCCAGCAAUGCGGGACUUUGUUCAAGGAGUAGUGGAGACACUCGGCGUGGAUGAGAACAAAGAUCGCGUGGCUGUGGUCCAGUACAGUAGAGAUCCAGCCGCCCAAUUCUAUCUGAACACAUACACAACAAAAGGAGAGAUUCUCAACACUGUAAGAGGUCUGAGACACAAAGGUGGGAGACCUCUCAACACUGGAGCAGCUCUCCAGUAUGUGAGAGACAAUGUCUUGACUGCCUCCUCCGGAAGUCGACGCACUGAAGGUGUUCCACAGUUACUGAUUCUGCUGAGUGGUGGAAGGUCCUUUGACAAUGUUGACACUCCAGCUUCUGCUCUGAAGGAGCUUGGGGUCUUGAUCUUUGGAAUUGGAACAAGGAGCUCUGAUAGCAGAGAAUUGCAGAGGAUAUCACAUGAUCCCAGUUACGCUCUGUCUGUCUCUGACUUCACUGACCUUCCAAACAUCCAGCAGCAACUUCUGUCCUCGGUGGAGUCAGUUGUUAUUGAUGUUACGCCAGAAUCGACAACAGAUUUAGUUGAUCAUGACACCUCCAGAAAGGAUGUGGUAUUCCUUGUGGAUGGUUCUGAUGGCACAAGGAAUGGAUUCCCAGCAAUGCGUGAUUUUGUUCAGCGAGUAGUGGGGCAACUCAAUGUGGGAGGAGACAAAGACCGCGUUUCUGUUGUCCAGUACGGUAGAGAUCAAGAAGUUCAUUUCUAUCUGAACACAUACACCACAAAGGAGGACAUUCUUAACACUGUGAGAAGUCUGAGGCACAGAGGAGGUAGACCCCUUAACACUGGGGCAGCCCUCCAAUACGUAAGGGACAACGUCCUUACUGCCUCCUCUGGAAGCAGAAGCAAGGAGGGCGUCCCUCAGAUGCUGAUACUGCUGAGUGGGGGAAGGUCCAGUGAUAAUGUUGACAUACCAGCUUCUGCCCUGAAAGACAGUGGGGUCUUGAUCUUUGGCAUUGGAACCAGAAAUUCCAGCAGAGAGGUUCAAGGGAUUGCCACUGAUCCUAGUUUUUCCCAGUCUGUUUCUGAAUUCACUGACCUCCCCAGCAUCCAGGAGCAGUUUUUCUCCACACUCAUAACUGUACAAGUUGAGGCCACACCCAAAACCCCAACAGUCAUAGUGGACCAAAGCAUUGCCAGAAAGGAUGUAGUAUUCCUGCUGGAUGGUUCUGAUGGCACAAGGAAUGGCUUUCCAGCAAUGCGUGACUUUGUUCAAAGAGUGGUAGAGAAACUCACUGUGGAGGAGAACAGAGAUCGAGUCUCUGUGGUCCAGUAUAGCAAAGAAUCAGAGGCCCACUUCUAUUUGAACACUUACACAACAAAGGAAGACGUUGUGGACACCGUAAGAGGCCUGAGGCACAAAGGAGGGAGACCCCUCAACACUGGGGCAGCUCUCCAGUAUGUCAGGGACAAUGUCUUUAUUGCCUCCUCCGGAAGUAGGCGCCUUGAAGGUGUUCCACAGAUUCUGAUACUGCUGAAUGGUGGAAGGUCCUUUGACAAUGUAGAUACACCAGCGUCUGCUCUCAAGGAGCUUGGUGUCUUGGUGUUUGGAAUUGGAACAAGGAGCUCUGAUAGCAGAGAAUUACAAAAAAUAUCCUAUGACCCCAGUUAUGCUCUUUCCGUGUCUGAAUUUACUGACCUCCCCAACAUCCAACAGCAGCUUCUUUCUGCUAUGGGCACUGUCAUUGUACAGGUCACAACCAUGACACCAACAGUAAAACCAACAAUUCUAGUUGAGAGUCAGGCUCCCAGGAGGGAUGUCGUGUUCUUGCUGGAUGGAUCUGAUGGCACUAGGAGUGGAUUCCCAGCAAUGCGGGACUUUGUUCAAAGAGUAGUGGAGACACUCGGUGUGGAUGAGAACAAAGAUCGCGUGGCUGUGGUCCAGUACAGUAGAGAUCCAGCCGCCCAAUUCUAUCUGAACACAUACACAACAAAAGGAGAGAUUCUCAACACUGUAAGAGGUCUGAGACACAAAGGUGGGAGACCUCUCAACACUGGAGCAGCUCUCCAGUAUGUGAGAGACAAUGUCUUGACUGCCUCCUCCGGAAGUCGACGCACUGAAGGUGUUCCACAGUUACUGAUUCUGCUGAGUGGUGGAAGGUCCUUUGACAAUGUUGACACUCCAGCUUCUGCUCUGAAGGAGCUUGGGGUCUUGAUCUUUGGAAUUGGAACAAGGAGCUCUGAUAGCAGAGAAUUGCAGAGGAUAUCACAUGAUCCCAGUUACGCUCUGUCUGUCUCUGACUUCACUGACCUUCCAAACAUCCAGCAGCAACUUCUGUCCUCGGUGGAGUCAGUUGUUAUUGACGUUACGCCAGAAUCGUCAACAGAUUUAGGUAUGUGUCAUCACUACAGUGGGGUCUUGAUCUUUGGCAUUGGAACCAGAAAUUCCAGCAGAGAGGUUCAAGGGAUUGCCACUGAUCCUAGUUUUUCCCAGUCUGUUUCUGAAUUCACUGACCUCCCCAGCAUCCAGGAGCAGUUUUUCUCCACACUCAUAACUGUACAAGUUGAGGCCACACCCAAAACCCCAACAGUCAUAGUGGACCAAAGCAUUGCCAGAAAGGAUGUAGUAUUCCUGCUGGAUGGUUCUGAUGGCACAAGGAAUGGCUUUCCAGCAAUGCGUGACUUUGUUCAAAGAGUGGUAGAGAAACUCACUGUGGAGGAGAACAGAGAUCGAGUCUCUGUGGUCCAGUAUAGCAAAGAAUCAGAGGCCCACUUCUAUUUGAACACUUACACAACAAAGGAAGACGUUGUGGACACCGUAAGAGGCCUGAGGCACAAAGGAGGAGACCCCUCAACACUGGGGCAGCUCUCCAUUGAGAGUCAGGCUCCCAGGAGGGAUGUCGUGUUCUUGCUGGAUGGAUCUGAUGGCACUAGGAGUGGAUUCCCAGCAAUGCGGGACUUUGUUCAAAGAGUAGUGGAGACACUCGGUGUGGAUGAGAACAAAGAUCGCGUGGCUGUGGUCCAGUACAGUAGAGAUCCAGCCGCCCAAUUCUAUCUGAACACAUACACAACAAAAGGAGAGAUUCUCAACACUGUAAGAGGUCUGAGACACAAAGGUGGGAGACCUCUCAACACUGGAGCAGCUCUCCAGUAUGUGAGAGACAAUGUCUUGACUGCCUCCUCCGGAAGUCGACGCACUGAAGGUGUUCCACAGUUACUGAUUCUGCUGAGUGGUGGAAGGUCCUUUGACAAUGUUGACACUCCAGCUUCUGCUCUGAAGGAGCUUGGGGUCUUGAUCUUUGGAAUUGGAACAAGGAGCUCUGAUAGCAGAGAAUUGCAGAGGAUAUCACAUGAUCCCAGUUACGCUCUGUCUGUCUCUGACUUCACUGACCUUCCAAACAUCCAGCAGCAACUUCUGUCCUCGGUGGAGUCAGUUGUUAUUGACGUUACGCCAGAAUCGUCAACAGAUUUAGUUAUUUUCUCAGUUGAUCAUGACACCUCCAGAAAGGAUGUGGUAUUCCUUGUGGAUGGUUCUGAUGGCACAAGGAAUGGAUUCCCAGCAAUGCGUGAUUUUGUUCAGCGAGUAGUGGGGCAACUCAAUGUGGGAGGAGACAAAGACCGCGUUUCUGUUGUCCAGUACGGUAGAGAUCAAGAAGUUCAUUUCUAUCUGAACACAUACACCACAAAGGAGGACAUUCUUAACACUGUGAGAAGUCUGAGGCACAGAGGAGGUAGACCCCUUAACACUGGGGCAGCCCUCCAAUACGUAAGGGACAACGUCCUUACUGCCUCCUCUGGAAGCAGAAGCCAGGAGGGUGUCCCUCAGAUGCUGAUACUGCUGAGUGGGGGAAGGUCCAGUGAUAAUGUUGACAUACCAGCUUCUGCCCUGAAAGACAGUGGGGUCUUGAUCUUUGGCAUUGGAACCAGAAAUUCCAGCAGAGAGGUUCAAGGGAUUGCCACUGAUCCUAGUUUUUCCCAGUCUGUUUCUGAAUUCACUGACCUCCCCAGCAUCCAGGAGCAGUUUUUCUCCACACUCAUAACUGUACAAGUUGAGGCCACACCCAAAACCCCAACAGUCAUAGUGGACCAAAGCAUUGCCAGAAAGGAUGUAGUAUUCCUGCUGGAUGGUUCUGAUGGCACAAGGAAUGGCUUUCCAGCAAUGCGUGACUUUGUUCAAAGAGUGGUAGAGAAACUCACUGUGGAGGAGAACAGAGAUCGAGUCUCUGUGGUCCAGUAUAGCAAAGAAUCAGAGGCCCACUUCUAUUUGAACACUUACACAACAAAGGAAGACGUUGUGGACACCGUAAGAGGCCUGAGGCACAAAGGAGGGAGACCCCUCAACACUGGGGCAGCUCUCCAGUAUGUCAGGGACAAUGUCUUUAUUGCCUCCUCCGGAAGUAGGCGCCUUGAAGGUGUUCCACAGAUUCUGAUACUGCUGAAUGGUGGAAGGUCCUUUGACAAUGUAGAUACACCAGCGUCUGCUCUCAAGGAGCUUGGUGUCUUGGUGUUUGGAAUUGGAACAAGGAGCUCUGAUAGCAGAGAAUUACAAAAAAUAUCCUAUGACCCCAGUUAUGCUCUUUCCGUGUCUGAAUUUACUGACCUCCCCAACAUCCAACAGCAGCUUCUUUCUGCUAUGGGCACUGUCAUUGUACAGGUCACAACCAUGACACCAACAGUAAAACCAACAAUUCUAGUUGAGAGUCAGGCUCCCAGGAGGGAUGUCGUGUUCUUGCUGGAUGGAUCUGAUGGCACUAGGAGUGGAUUCCCAGCAAUGCGGGACUUUGUUCAAAGAGUAGUGGAGACACUCGGUGUGGAUGAGAACAAAGAUCGCGUGGCUGUUGUCCAGUACAGUAGAGAUCCAGCCGCCCAAUUCUAUCUGAACACAUACACAACAAAAGGAGAGAUUCUCAACACUGUAAGAGGUCUGAGACACAAAGGUGGGAGACCUCUCAACACUGGAGCAGCUCUCCAGUAUGUGAGAGACAAUGUCUUGACUGCCUCCUCCGGAAGUCGACGCACUGAAGGUGUUCCACAGUUACUGAUUCUGCUGAGUGGUGGAAGGUCCUUUGACAAUGUUGACACUCCAGCUUCUGCUCUGAAGGAGCUUGGGGUCUUGAUCUUUGGAAUUGGAACAAGGAGCUCUGAUAGCAGAGAAUUGCAGAGGAUAUCACAUGAUCCCAGUUACGCUCUGUCUGUCUCUGACUUCACUGACCUUCCAAACAUCCAGCAGCAACUUCUGUCCUCGGUGGAGUCAGUUGUUAUUGACGUUACGCCAGAAACAACAACAGAUUUAGUCACCACAACUGUAGUAUUCACUGGCGGAGAAAAGAGGGACGUGGUUUUCCUCAUUGACGGCACAACAGCGGUGCGCAGCGAGUUCCCCGCCAUCCGUGACAUGAUCGGGAGGGUCGUGGAAAAGCUGGACGUGGGUCUGGAUCGGGUGAGGGUGUCAGUGGUGCAGUACAGCGACGGUGCCACGGUGGAGUUCCUUUUGAACGAGCACUCCACCAAAGACGAGGUCCGCCAGGCCACGAGGAAGCUUCAGAGCAGCGGUGGGAACCGUCGGAACACUGGCCGUGCCCUUGAAUGGAUCUCCAAGAACAUCUACCAGAAAUCAGCAGGUAGCCGCAUUGAGGAGGGAGUUCCUCAGUUCCUCAUUCUAGUCACAGGGGGAAAGUCCAACGAUGACGUCUCUGGACCGGUUAAUCAGCUGAAGACCAACCUGGUUGCCCCUUUAGCCAUCGGCACAAAGAAUGCCGACCCCAAUGAACUGAGGCAGAUCGCCCUAAAGCCAGAACUUGCCUACUCCAUUAACAACUUCGGGCAGCUUCCAACAGUGGAACAGCAGCUUAUUGCUUCAGUCAACACCAUGACCACCACUGACAUCUCCGGCAGUUUUGUUCCCUCAGUUUUGGAUAUUGCUAACCUCAACAUGGGGCGGAAAGAUAUCAUCUUUCUCAUCGAUGGCUCGGACACCACAGGCUCCAAUGGCAUCGCCCACAUCCGUGACUUCAUCCUCAACAUCGUUCAGCAGCUAGAUGUGCAACUUGACCAGGUCCGGGUCGCUGUCGUCCAAUAUUCCGACAAGGUCAAGACAGAGUUCUCUCUCAACUCCCACAACAAAAAAACAGCUGUGCUCUCAGCCAUCAAAAGACUACGCCAGCAGGGUGGAAGAUCAUCCGAUCUUGCCAACGCCAUCGAGUAUGUGACCAGGAAUGAGCUGAAAGCCUCGGCGGGUGUCCGGCUUGCGCAGGCCUCCCAGCAUCUAGUGGUCCUUACCGGCAGAAGGUCCUCCACUGACGUGUCCGUGUACGGCCCUCUGCUUAAAGGCUCCCGUGUUAACUGCAUCGGAAUCGGGGCUGGUGCAGACUACAGGGAGCUCAACCAGAUUGCCACCAGCUCUGCCGAUGUUCUCCAGGUACCCGCUUUCCCCGGCUUGCCUGUCAUUAAGGAGAGGUUUAUUGCCAGGCUGAACGGAACAAUGCCUGAUGAGGCACCACCAGAUUUUGUCGACCCAAGCCUCCCUAAAGCCAAGGUUGCUGAUAUUGUAUUCUUGGUGGACGGCUCCAUCAACCUGGGCAAGGACAACUUCAAGGAGGUGAUGGGGUUCAUCCAGAACCUCAUCGACCUCUUCUUCACUGAGCGUGACAACCUGCAGAUUGGCCUGGCGAGCUACACCACCGACGUCACCGACGUGUUCUACCUCAACACCUACAAGAACAAGGACGACAUAAUCGAUGCCAUCAGCCGCACCGAGUACAAGGGAGGCCGCAGGAUCAAUACAGGUACCGCCAUCCACCACGUACAGGAGAACCACUUCAUCAAAGAUAAAGGCAGCAGGAAGGAUGAGGGAAUCGCCCAGAUCCUGAUGAUCAUCACCGGCGGAAGGUCGGCCAGCGACAGCAAGACCGCAGCUCUGGCGUUAAAGGCCACCGGUGUGCGCAUCUACGCUGUCGGCGUGGGUGACAUUGAGGAUGAGUUGAACAACCUGGCGAGUGAGGCCUCCACAGUGGCCAGGGCAAGCACGUUUGUGGAGCUCUCUGAGCUCAACGAGCAAAUCCUUGAGACAUUGGAUGACGAGGUGAAGGGAAUCAAGCUCUGCACUGGAGUGAGCCAGGAGCCCUCAAAAACCUGCAGUCUGGAGGUGUUGGUAGGCUUUGAUGUGUCCUCACCAAACAUCUUCCAGGCCCAGAGGAUCCUGGAGUCCAAGAUGGGUGCCAUCCUCCAAAGGAUCACCAAGAUGACGGGCAUCAGUUGCUCGUCGGGCCAGAUCCCAUUGAUCCAGGUGGGCAUCCUGGCCAUGGAUGCCGCCUCAGAACCCGUCCACCUGGAGUUCACGGACAACGCCGACAUGCUGUUCGAGGCAUUCCGAGCACUGCGCGCCCGCGGACCCUACUUCCUCAAUGCCAAGACCAUUGCCGCAUAUGGGUCCAGGUUCAAAAACGGAGCAGCAGAUGCGGUCAAGGUUGUGAUCCAUCUGACUGAUGGUCUGGAUGGCCAGUAUAGUGAAAUUAAGAGACAGGUUGAAGAACUUAAGAUUUCAGGUGUGAACAGCUUUAUCCUGGUGGGUCUGGAGCGGGUACCCAGGUUUGAGGAGGCCGUGCUCCUGGAGUUUGGCCGCGGCUUCAGGUACACCAGACCCCUCAGAGUUAAUGUCAUGGACUUGGACUACGAGCUUCUGGAGGAACUGGACAACAUUGCUGAAAGGGAGUGUUGCACGGUGCCAUGCAAAUGUACCGGCAGAAGGGGAGACAGAGGAGCAGUCGGACUUGGAGGACUGAAGGGUGGUCCAGGCGGAGCAGGUGGAGCAGGACAUCCCGGAGAUGAGGGUGGAUCCGGAGACAGAGGUCCUCCUGGUGUCAACGGAACUCAAGGUUUCCAGGGAUGUCCUGGACAGAGGGGCAUCAAGGGUGGUCGUGGGUACUCUGGAGAAAAGGGUGAAUUUGGAGAGAUUGGCCUGGAUGGCAUCAAUGGAGAAGAGGGCAAGAGUGGAGUCGCUGGACCCCCAGGAGACAGAGGAAACCCUGGGAGAAGGGGACCCAAAGGAACUAAAGGACAAGCAGGAGACAUCGGGGAUACCGGAAUCCGAGGAGAUCCUGGAACCACAGGGCGAGAUAACAACGUGGCUGGACCUAAAGGAGACCCAGGCGAUGUCGGCCCAGUGGGAGAGCCAGGGGACGAUGGUAAGAUGGGAGGCCCCGGUGAACCAGGCAGGACGGGUUCUGAUGGUAGAAGAGGCCCACCCGGACAAGCUGGAGACCCUGGCAAACCCGGAGGUAACGGUGUGCAGGGAGAGCCAGGUAUCGGAGGAUCCAGGGGCCAAGCUGGACCAAUUGGUGCACCUGGUACUAGAGGUGAAGACGGGAACCCUGGACCAAGGGGCCCAGGAGGAGCCCAGGGACCCCCCGGAAACAAUGGCAGGAGAGGACCUCUCGGUCGCAAGGGUGAGCCAGGAGAGCCCGGACCCAAAGGCAUCGUGGGACCUCUGGGACCUCGUGGUGAACCUGGCGAAGAUGGUCGAGAUGGAUUUGGAAUCGCAGGGCCCAAAGGAAGAAAGGGUGAUGAGGGCUUCCCAGGAUUCCCAGGACCAAAGGGAGCGGCAGGUGAUGGAGGAACCAAUGGCGGACCAGGACCCAUAGGAAACCGUGGCCAGAGGGGUGUUUCAGGAGAAAUUGGUACUCCAGGACAGAAGGGAGAGGUUGGAUACCCGGGACCUUAUGGCCAGAAAGGACCGAGAGGACCUGGCGUUGUGCAAUGUGACUUGGUGAAGAAAAUCAGAGACAACUGUCCUUGCUGCUAUGGUCAGCAGGAGUGCCCACUCUACCCUACCGAGCUGGCCUUCGCACUGGACACCUCCGAAAACGUGGGUAGGCCUGCCUUCAACAACAUGCGUGACACCGUGCUCCGUCUGGUUGGCAACAUCACCAUUUCCGAGAGCAACUGCCCCCGCGGCGCCCGAGUGGCCCUCACCCUCUACAACAAUGAAGUGACCACCGAAAUCCGCUUUGCAGACGGGCUGAAGCGGCGUGCACUGGUGCAGCAUGUGGAGGGCCUCCAGGCAUUACAGACGCGCAAACAGCGUAGCCUGGAGACGGCCAUGAACUUCCUGGCGCAGAACACCUUCAAGAGGGUGCGCAGCGGCUUCCUCAUGAGGAAGGUGGCCAUCUUCUUUGUUAAUGGGCCAGUGAAGGAUCAGCGGGCGGUAAGCGCAGCCGCCCUACGCCUCUAUGACUCCGGCAUCGCAUCAGUGUUCCUGACCAAUAAAGAGGAUGGCCAGCUCACCAGAGCUCUGAAGAUGAACAGCACUGGGUCAGCACUGGGUCAGGUGAUUGUGCUGCCAAAUCCCGGAAGUGCACAGUACAUCUCAGCUAUCCAAAAGGUCAUGAACUGCCACAUCUGCCUGGACUCCUGCGCCCCGGACCAAAUGUGUGACUAUGCCCCCCCUCAGCAGUCAAGAGACAGGAGGGCCUCCACCACUGAUGUGGACAUUGACAUGGCCUUUGUCAUGGAUAGCUCCGAGACCACCUACCCCACCGUCUUCACUGAGAUGAAACGCUACGUUGCACACAUCGUAGAGCAGCUGGAAGUCUCGUCGGACCCCGUGGCAUCCAUCCACCACGCCCGCGUGGCUGUAAUCCAGCAUGCUCCCUACGAGUUCCUGCGCAACAGCAGCGGCUCACCCAUCCUUGUGGAUGUGGGCCUGACUGACCACCGCUCGGCCCAGGACAUCCGCAACUUCCUACUUGAGAAGACGCCCCAACUGGAGGGUGGGCGGGCGCUGGCAGUGGCCAUCGAGCACACGGUGGAGCAGGUGUUUGAGAAAGCACCCCACCAGCGAGACCUCAAGGUUCUGAUGUUGUUUGUGACAGGCCCUGUGGAGCAGGAUGAGGAGCGGCUGGUUGCUGUGGCCACCGAGGCCAAGUGUAAGGGCUAUUUCUUGGUCAUCCUGGGUGUGGGCGAGAAGCUGGGUGCUGGGGACACCCGCGUGCUGACGCGCAUGGCCAGCGAGCCAUCCGACGUCUUCUUCAAGAGGCUGACCAGCACCGCGCACUUCUACGACAUGCACAUUCAGAACUUUGGCCGACUGCUGCCCAAGUAUCUCAGCAUUGAGAACGUUUUCUACAUGUCCCCUGAAGUCUCCAAAAACUGUCACUGGUACCAGAGUGACCAGUCAUUCCCCAAGUUCCCCUUCCCCAAGUCACACCACAGCCAAGAGAAACACGAAAACCACCAGGCAGUCCAUCCAAGAAAGCACAACGACCAAGACUCAGACGAGUUGCAUGUAGCCAACGUCACUUCCAGCAGCCUCACCCUGCGCUGGGCCAGCCCGGAUCCCAAGUACAUGGCCUACUUUAAGGUGGUGGUGACGCGCCUGCGUGACAACACACUGGUGUUGAGGAGAAAUGUGACGGGCACGGAGCUCACUGUUGGCGGCCUGGAGAGUGCCCAGACCUACCACGCCGUGGUAACCAUGCACACCGCCCAGGGCCACGUUGCGGCCACCCACAAAGGCAUUAUUACCACCAAAGCGGCAGCAGAGCAUAAGGUCACUGCCCCCAUGGAGGUGACAGGUAUCAUGGCCACUACACCACUGGACAAACCAGAAACUGCAGAGCCUCAGCAACAAGUGGAGCAGCAGCCCGAGACGGAGAUCCUUCCAGCUAUUGCUCCGCCUCGAGGUCAGAAGGCAUGGGAUUGGUUGGAUGAAAGCCGUGCAAACAGCGGGCGGCGCUCACAGCGACGAGUGAGAAUAAAAGGAAAGAGAAGAAAAGGCUCCCUAGGUGCACCUGUCAACCAAAGAGUCAUUGCCGCAAUAAAAACGUAGGAGGACAUUGAUUCAUUGUCAACAUAUACCUCUACUGAGGAGAUUCUGAGGAAAAUCAACAAAAAUGACCAAAGAGAAGCUAUACCAAAGGAGAGGUGGCUGCACUGGAUUCCACAAACAGGAUUUGAUCAAAAUGAGUGUUGAAGUAGUCUAUAUUACAGAAAGAAAGAAAGCAAAUCAAUUUGCUGCAUGAUUUUUCCUACUGGUGCUACAUAGUGUUUUUUGUGUGUUUUUUUUCUCUGGUUGAGUUGCGGAGAACAUCCAGUGUUUGUAAUGUAACAUUUCUGGAACAGUUACAGAAUAUGUUUUUCAUUAAAAAGUUGAACUCGU